AUGAAGUGGCAAAGGGUGAAGACAGCCACCAGAGGCGACGAUGCAUGCUGUACGACUUCACCAGUUGCAGGGAAGGGUCACUGCGCCGUGUACACGGCAGAUGGGAGGCGGUUCGAGGUCCCAUUGCCGUAUCUUGGCACAAUGGUCUUGGGUGAGAUGCGGAGGAUGUCCCAGGGGGAGUUUGGAUUCACAUGUGAUGGCAGGAUCACACUGCCUCGUGAUGCAGCUGUGGUGGAGUAUGUGAUCAUGAUGUGCUUGCACUACUGCAGGAUGUCAGUUCAAAAUCAUCAUCAGCGAUAG